AUGAGGGAGAUGGAGAUAUAUAAACGGAUACUGGUAGUCUUACUUCGACCCGCCAAGAACGGUGACUACAACUAUAUCAUCAACACGUAUCAUUAG